GGUACGGUCAGAAGAGAUGUUCUCUAGGUAUCCUCAGCUAGCUUUGACUGCAUGUCUAUCCCUAGACCCCAUACUAGCUAGGAAGCCAGCUAGCCUAAAAACACUGGCCACUCACUGAUCUCCUUAUAAAACCUCAACAAACCCCAAACCUGUACCUUCUCUUCCAACUCCUAUUGACACACAAGCACAUACACACGCAGGAAAAGAUUGAACACCAUGAGCUGCACAAGGAUCAGCGGUGCAGUCAUCGUUUUUGCCUUGCUCUUCGCCCCGUUAUUGCUCAUGCUCUGCCUUCCCCUUGCCUGCGCUCGCCAUGUGGUGGCGCUGGAGGCCAAAGAUGGCCUGAACAUCGGAGGAGGCCGGCAUGUGGAUGUGGUUGGUGAUGACGCAGGAAAGGCUGUCCCCGUCUCGAACCACGGCGGCUCACGGCCAGCGAGGACGGUGGAGUUGCCCGCGGCGAGGAGGCACCGGGUGGACGCGGCGGACGAGUUGCACGACAUGCUGAGGAGGGACUACGCGUGGAGGGCGAGGCGCCGCAAGCCCAUCCACAACGACGAGCCACGCGACGAUGAGCCCUGAGUCUGUCAGACCUUCCCCGCAGCGCAGCUAGGUACAUAGUUACAAGAAGCUUAGCUAGCUAGAUCAGUGUUUUACUACUGCUACCGCUACUAGAUUUGCAGGCUUGGAGGAUACCCAAAUAUAGCUUAGAUGCCCAAAUACUAUGGAAUGAUGAUGCCCUGGUUGUGGUUGGCUAGGUAUAUCAUUAGUUGGUCAGCUAGCCUUAAUCCAGCAUCCAAGAUGGACAUCAGGUUUAGCCUUGUUUUUUACAAGAACUGCUGGAUAGGAGUUCAUGAGAAAAAAGGGGCAGUUUUGUGCCGGAUGUGCAGGCUUGGGGGUACCAUACAUGUAAUGUCCUAUAUAUCCACCGGUAAUCAGUUUGGCGGAUAUCAGUGCCAUAUGCGUGUCAAACUUAGUAAUACUUUGUUGCGUCUUCACAUACGGGUUAUGGCAGACUGAACCUCGUUCUGGUGAUUGUAAUA